AUGGCCCAAGCUAAAUUGCUUUCAAUUGCAGAAGCUGAACGUGAAAAAGCAAUGAAGUUGAACGACCGAGACAGGAAAUGGAGUGAAGAUCAUUUAAAUAAGAGAAUAAGUCCUCAUCGCAUCUCAAGCGUCACAAUCAAUGGACGAAUGAAAUAUGGUGGACUUCUCAUCUCCAUGCUCAUCUCUAAAGACAACCUUGAAGCUUUUCUUUUGAGAGGGAGAAUAGAGAGAGAGUUAAGAGUUAAAGUUUCUGAAUUCGAAAAGUGCGUGAAGGAUUUUAAGGAAAAAUAUGUGAUUGUGUUUCUUGAAAUUCACGCUAAUUUGGAAUGGGCUAAAGAGUUGAAACAAGAUCUUGAAAAAUCUAAAGAGGAAAAGGAAUAUCUUCAAGUGAAAAUUGAUGUAUUACUUGGAAAUGCUUAUGAUUUCAGAAGGAGUCGAAGAACAGACUUUGAACAGUUAAAGGAAAAUUCUGGGUUGAAAUCUACAAUUCAUGAGCUGGAAAAGACUUUGGAAUCUGAAAGAAAAGAGUCAGAUGAAGAAGCAAUAAAGCAAAGCAAAAUUGAGCAAGAACUGGUAAAUAAAAUUCGUAAAGCUGAGUUUGAACUGAAUGCUGAGAAGAACUCUCAAGGAAAUAAGAAUAAAGAGUUUGAGGAGUUAACAGAGAAACUUAGUAAAUCUGAGAGUGAAUUGACUAGGGAAAGAAAUUUAUUGAAAAAGAAGAAAGAUGAGAUAAUAGAAGCUAAAAAAAAUUGGAUACUGAAAAGGAAGAUUUUGGAGAAAGAAAAGGAAAAGAUGAUAGAAGUUGAAAAGAAAUUUGGUGUUGAACGCAUAUCUUAUGAAAAUAAGAUAAACUCUCUAGAGCUGAACGCGUAA